GCAAACGGCGACAAGAACAAAGGUACAGUAUUCUCCGAUCUCCUCCGCUAUGACACGGCCCAAGAACUCGCGGUCGUCCCCAACAUCUUGCAGCUCUGCCAGAGACAGCAGCUCGGCAUUUACAUCGUCCAAGAGAGGCGUGAUGCCCGAACCAACGGCUAUGGUGCGCCUAUCCCCCACGACGGAAGUGGCGAUCCGCCUGCUACCUGGCAACGACUGCUGUGUGGACUGCAAGGCCGUCUGUCCGCAGUGGGCUGGUGUCUCGUUCGGUGUGCUGCUUUGUCUAACCUGCGCUGGUAAGCACCGCUCGCUGGGAGUGCAGACGAGUUUCGUGAAGUCUUUAGUUAUGGAUGCCUGGUCGGAGAGUGAGUUGCGCGCACUGGAACUGGGUGGUAACGCCAAAUGGGUCGCUGUAUGUGCUGGAACUGGAGUUUCCGAUCUUCCCAUGGAGAAAAAAUACUCGUCCGGCGUUGCAAAAGCCUACAAGAGCCGAGUGGCGCUAGCUGCUGCGAAAGAUCCAUCGGUGGAGUGCGCGUUCACUGCAGUAUCGUUUCUAUCUAUGCUAGCUGACAUUGCGAGAGAAGAGAGCCCUGUUUCAAGUGUGAAGGAAGACCCUGUGUCAUCGCCGACGAUGGCAAUGAAAAUACAACCAGUGAGUGACCCUGCGGAUGGCACAACUGUCAAGUGCACGACGUGCUGCUCAAUGGUGUCAUUGGCUGAAUUGAAUUCACAUUCUGAGUCCUGCACCGUCAGCGCAUCGAGUGCCGUAGAGUGGAGAAAAUAUGAGCGAAAGAUUGGGGCUCCCAGUGAACCGUUGGGCUUCACGUUGGCCAAGGCUAGCAGUGGUUAUGCUGAGGUGUCUCGAAUCAUCCCGGGUGGUGCUACCGAACAAGCCAACGUGAUCGUUGGUAGCUUAUUGAUCGGCCUGAACAACACGAAGAACUUGAAAUUUGACGAGGUUGUGGACAUGCUUCGAACGUUACCGCGACCGAUGCUGUUCCACUUCGUCUUCCGCUCGCAAGUGGCGUCGGAGGGUCCCAAGACUGUAAUUUCAUCCGUUCCAGAACCUAGAACUGUGGAGAUUAAUGUGACGCUGCAUGAUAAGGAAGAGCUCGGCUGCUCGUUGUCUGCGAACGAGUUUAACUGCGUUGUGCGAAGCGUCGAUGAGGACUGUAUCGCAAGGAGGCACGGCGUUUUGGUGGGAUCACGCGUGGUUGCUGUGAAUGGACAAACGUACUUGAAGCCGAAGGAUCUAAUUCGUGAAAUCUGCACUGCCCAACGUCCAAUCAAGAUAACAGUACAUCGUGUGGAAGGGCUUAUGAGAGGAUGGAGCAGCUAAAAAGACGGUCUAUCAAGAGAUACUUAAGUAUUCAUUGAUGAUUCUCUAAGGCUGGUAGACGACAAAAUGUUUCUGAUAGGAACUCUUGGAUUUCUGACGACUUCGAAAGUGUUUUGAGGUUGUUUAGAUCUUGUUAGAUAAAAUAGAGAUGUAAAUGAAUCGGACGCAUAUUUACGCUUUGUG